AUGUCGUCUCCUGAGUCUGCAUACCACCCGUCAAGUGCACACGCAAACAAUGAAAGGCGGUCGUCACAUGGCUCAGUAGAAGAUAAUCAGCAAACAGCGCAAGCCAAGUCACCGAUAAGGAAGUUAUACACUUGCAAGACCUGCCACAAGUCCUUUACGACUUCAGGACACCUAUCAAGGCACCAAAGGACACACACUGGAGAACGAGCAUAUGGCUGUCCCUGGCCUGGCUGUUCCACGCGAUGUAGCCGUCAGGACAAUCUUCAGCAACACUAUAGAACGCAUCUUUCGCCUAGGUCUCGCAAGGCUGAUUUAUCGUCUGCAAAAGCGAUGCGAGCGGGGAUUAAGUCCGUUAUGGAUGUACCCAAGGAACUGCUCUCAAAGGGAGGUAGAACAAGAGGAUCUUCCAGUCAAAGGAGGGUAUCAGCUAAGGCGGAUUACAAGAGAGAAGAAAGCAUACUCAAUCAGGAUGCAGACACUCAUUCCAUGCCUUCGAUACCAUUCAAACCUGGGUACUUACCAAGCCCACAACUGCCGAUACCAUCGACAUCAGCACAUUCUUUACCAGCGACCACAAAUAGGCGGGCUAGUCUUGGCACUCAAAUACAGCCAGUGCACCUCAACUCAAGAUCAAGUCCAUCGUUUUCUAUGUCAGAUAGUUACUCGACACUAAACCCAGUAUCACAUUUGAUAUCACCUUCACCUGAAACAAUAUCACCGGCAACGUCGCCAAUGCAGCAGUCAAGAAGCUCGCUUAUGCAUAGCUAUCAAAUGGAGCCAAAGGACAGUCUUAGCUCUUAUCACGUUAGUUUGGACCCGAAAGUUAAUUCAGAUCCGCAGUCGGCGACACCAUUGCCGAUUGUGCCACCGAUGUACAGAUCUGCGGAUAUGACUGCGAGCUCAACGACUGAAUACAAUCCAACCCCUAGCUCACGCUCUCAGGACAGUUAUCUCAAUCAUUCAACAACUUUGCCAUCUUUGAGCAUAGAUUUGAAUAGUGAUGCGGCAUCUGCCCACUCAGCUUAUACACCUAACAGGAUGUUUACGAUCCCAACCAAUAUAGCGCAAUCAUCGAUGUUCAGGCCUUUAGCGGGAAGCUUCGAGUACACUGAAUAUCCAACGGAAAUACCUACACAAGUAGCACAUGAAAAUGAAGCCAAUGAAUUUUAUCAUAUGUCGACGCCAGAAGAUCCGUCAUCACUUGACUUCUCGCAGCAGUGGAAUACCCAAUAUUAUUGA